UAUGGUCGAGAGAAGAUUGAGAAAGCAGAAAGAAGAAAUCAUAAUAAUAGUUCCAGUGAGGAUGAGGAAGAUGUUUUUCCAACUAUACCUCUUCAAAACGGUUACCCCACAACAGUCAUAACCCGAGAAGGAGUGAAGCUUUUCCCAGAGCCUCCAGUUGAGGAGGAAGUCAACCAAAAUUUGGAAUCUUCUCAUGACCAAAGGAAGGAUUUUCACCUUACACAUGCCAUGGAUUUUGUAAAAGCAGGAGUGGAGGCAAUCAUUGAAGAUGAGGUGACAAAAAGAUUUUUAGCAGAAGAACUGCCUUCAUGGAACUUACUUACUAGAACCAACAAAAAUUAUCACUACAUAAGCCUGAAAGUGACCAUUCUAUGGGGCAUUGGUUUCUUUUUGAGAUACUUUGUUUUCUUACCACUUAGGGUUACCCUCCUAUGGUUAGGUGUUGGCUGGCUAAUUAUAUCAAAUGCUGCUAUUGGUUGUCUUCAAAAUGGGCCACUUAAGAGGUGGGCCUAUUGGCAUGCAAGUUUAAUGUCAUUCUGCAUUUUGGCUCGAGCUCUUUCUGCUGUUAUAACUUACCACAACAGGGAGAAUCGGGCCAAAGGAGGAGGAAUUUGUGUUGCCAAUCACACAUCACCCAUUGACGUUGUAAUGCUUGCAAGUGAUAACUGUUAUGCCUUAAUAGGGCAGAGGCAGGGCGGCUUUCUUGGACUUUUGCAGCGAGGUUUAGCUAGGGCAACUUCUCAUAUUUGGUUUGAGCGAUGUGAAUUGAAAGACAGAGUUUUAGUUACCAAAAGACUCAAACAACACGUAGAAGAUCCAGAAAAACUUCCUAUACUAAUUUUCCCUGAAGGUACCUGUAUCAAUAACACAUCUGUGAUGAUGUUCAAAAAAGGCAGUUUUGACGUUGGUGGCACCAUUUAUCCAGUUGCUAUAAAGUAUGAUCCCAGAUUUGGUGAUGCCUUUUGGGACAGCAGUAAACAGGGAUACUUUCAUUAUCUCCUGAUGAUGAUGACCUCUUGGGCAAUUGUCUGUGAUGUCUGGUAUCUUAAGCCUAUGACUCGUAAGGAAGGAGAAACAGCUGUUAAAUUUGCCAAUCGAGUUAAAUCAGAAAUAGCUCGUAAGGGUGGUUUGGUGGACCUGAUGUGGGAUGGUCAACUAAAAAGAACGAAUGUCAAAGCAGAGUGGAAGGCAAGACAACAGGAGGAGUAUAGUCGACUUAUCAAACUAGACUGAAUUAAUGGCAUUGCUUAAUGUGUGCUUAUGCUGUUGUACAUUCUUUUGUUUUCUUAUACUCUGAGGAUCACAUGUAUAUUACUGAGAUUACAAGAGUAGCCAUACUCAACUGUGACAUAUUUUUAAAUGCAUUAAAAAAUAUAUCAGUUGUUAUUUUUUUAUAGAAAUAUUGGAAUUCUAGUUUGCUUUUGUAAAUUACCUAGUUUUCAUAGUUGUAAGUUUUCCUCUCUCGCAAAUUUAUUUUUUAUGGUUUCUUUUAAUGGUUGCUGUUUGAGAAUUUGUCAGUUAAGCUUCUAAGUUACUUGUUUUAGAUAUUAUAAACAACAUAUAGAUAAUUGUGCUUCCCUUCCCUUAACAUCUGGUUAAUUAUUGGACCAAAUUAUGAAUGGAUUCUACUUCAGGUAGAAUUUGAUGAUGGUAGUGUGUGUGGAGAAAGUUUGUUUAUGCGAGCAGUAGUAUUUACAACUAAAAUAAUAUGCAGCUUAAAAAUUUAGACAUAUAUUUAUCGAUCUACUGAACUGUGAUCUUCAGAAUUUGAGACUCUUCAAUAAGAAGUUUUAAAUUCAUACUAAUAAGUUAUGAGAUUAAAGUUAAGACUUUCAAGUUUACAUUCUGUGUGUUGAAGAAAAAUGGGAUGCAGCAGAUUACUGGGAAUCUUUUAUUUAGUGUAUGAAUGUUGUAAAAGUAAAUGAGAUUUUUUUUAGUAGAAUAGAAGAAUUUGAUGUAACAUAAAAUCUGGUUUUGAAUUGAUUUUUUGUGGUUAAUUUUUUAUUGUUGAUAGAUUAUUAAUGGCACAAUUUUUUUUAAACAAAAUAUCCACAUUCUGUUUAUAGUGCAAUGUAAAAACUGGUCAUUGAGACAAGGAUCUUUUGUGAAGUAUAAAGUUUGUUGUUUCACCAGCUUUGGUAAAGUAAAUGUUAAAGAAAUAUAAAGGAAAAAAUCCCGAAAACAUAAAAUGUUUGAUCCUUAAAUGUUUUGUAGACAUUCAUAUGGACCUUUACUGCCUCUAGGAGUCUCUGACAUGCCAGUGUACUUUCUAAUAUCUUGGAUUGCACCAAUAAAAAUGGGGAAUUCAGAAACAUGCAAUGGAAAUAACAAACUUUCUGUUCAAAUCUCUGAAAUGAUAAUUUAAUAUUAAACUAGUUGAUUGUCAUGGAAACAACAAUGUGUGUUUGAUUGAACUAGGAUUGUAGUUCCACACACUUCAAGGUGACACCAGACAUUUUAAUUAAUUUCUUCUAAUCUCAUAGUUUUGUUUUUUCUAGUUAGCUUGUAGUCGUGAUGUUAAUAUCAUAGUUUGUGUUAAAACACCUAACCUACUUUAUGUCAAUGGAACCUUACAUUAAAUAGGACCAUUAAUAUUUUCUUGGUAUGUUCCCUGUAUUCUUUGUUUUGCUGUAAAUGGCUAAUAUUACUUCGGGCUCUCUUCUUGUUUUAGCAAGGCCAAGAUCAGAUUUUUUGAACAAAAUCAUUAAGGCAGUUUCUUAACUAUUCAAAAAGUCCUUGAUGAUUUUCAUUAUGUACCAGUCGAAGUAUAGUGUUGUGAAAAAUGUGAAAUGGAAACAUUACCUGACUUACCUAAGUAAUAUUCAUAAUGAAACCAUCCUUGCUCCUCAAGUUUUGAAUAUGUCUACUUUCAGGUUUGUUCAUAAAUGUAAGAUAUUAAAAAAGUAAUACAUUUUGUGACAAUUUGAUUAUUUUUCUAAAUUUUCACAGCUUUGUGUCAAUGGUCUGUAAAAUGAUCUGCAUUUAGCCCUGGUAACACAUUCCAUUUAUUUUUGUCAGCUGUUUGCACUUUCAAAUAAGAACAACAUCUAACAGUAAAUAAAAGUGAUGAUUGCAGGGUAUUCUUGUAAAUAACUUGACAAGAAAAAGAUUAAACCAAACUCUUUAUCAGUAUAUCAUGCUUACAAACAUUGUCAAACUUGCCGUUCCGAGAUAUGCAUAAAUCAUUCCUAGUUAGUAACCUAUAUGAUCACCUAAGUAUGAUUAUCAGUUACUUACUGUAAUUACUAGAUACUAAUUACUAACUAGUUUUUAUACUAGUAUCAAAAAAAAUAAUUUGUUAAUAAUCUGGCUUAGGUAUUCAGUCAUAUGGACUACUAAACAUACCAUGAUUGAUAUCCAAUCUCUACAACCUUACCAUAAGUAUUUAUAUGCAUAACUCUGAGACUGCUCAAUAUGUACAUCACUGCCAUGCAUAUUUACAAGGCUAUAGUUUUGAGAAAUACAUAUAAAUUAUUUGGGAAUUUUUCUAACUCUUCGCUCUUUUUCAUUUUUUUUUCAAGAAAAAUUACCAAACCUUAACUCAUCCAUAUCUAAGUGAAAUAGAAGGGAAGAAAAGACAAGACAGGUGAAUAAGUAAUUACAUUAUAUUUUUGUACCUAAUAUUUAAAAAGAUGCAAUUUACUUUUCACUUGUGGACUGUCUUUCUUCCUUGGUCACUGACCUGUUUCAAGCAAGUUGAACUACACAAUCUUAGUUUUAAAUAAGUAAUCAACUGACACAAGGUAAUAAUAAAAAGUGAAGUUUAACUGUUU